AUGCCAGGAACAAGUGUGUCUCCACAGCCUAUAACCGCCGCCAACGGAAUCAAUCUGGCACAGAUAUCAAAAGGAAAACUUCCUGAGCUUCCUCAUAUCACCAACAAUAUAGUCCCUCUAUCUAAUGUAUUGAGAUUCUAUACCCAGGAGGCCUACAAGCAGCUCAGUCGAGUGAUUGAGAAUUUGGCGAACACCAGGACGUCCGAGAGCGAUAUUGCCCGAAAAAAGAAGUUUUUGGAAGUGAUCAUUCUGCUUCGGCAAGACUUCAUCAAGAUUUACACGUUGGUCAAGUGGGCUCAGAACGCUAAGGAUGUUUCGAAGUUGAUUGACUUACUUAAUUGGCUUCGAACACAAGAAUUCUGUUUCGACAAUUUGGGAUAUGGUCUCAACGAGCUCAACUCGUUUUCUGGAGCAAAGUUGCCAAACUCUGACAUCUUGACCAGUUUGGAGGUGUUGGUGAAUGGCAGGCCCCAGUUGCCCACCUAUAACUACAUUGCCAAACCUAAGAUCUCGGCCGAGAAAACUUUGGAAGUGAUUCGUGACUUAAACUUAACACUCCUGGCUCGGAUGGCGCUUAUAAAUGACAUGCCACGGCGUUUCUACAAUAACUACGAGGUCAGAGACGGCCGUGUUAUCAUCACUAUACCCAACGAGUUUCAAGUGUCCAUCACCGUUGCCAACGACCUAAUCAUCGAUGACGACAAGGAUUACUACAAGUCUCCAUUCUUUUUCAUUGAUUUUGCCUUUUUGUUUGGCAUCAACCCAGAUACCUCCUUAAUCACAUACAAGGAUGCUAAGGUAAUAACCACGCUACCCAAAGCAUCCAGAGCCAAAUUGGAAAGCGUCGUCAAUGAGGCACUUCUCAAGCAAUCCUUGACAGGUCUCUACGACGUUUUGCACAAGUAUGCUGUUUCCUUCAAGUUGUACUUGAUAUCUAGACAAUUGCGUGAUUUGUCUGUUAAUAGUAAGUGGAGGAACAACCUUCAGUACAAGUACAACUCGUCGCUCAUUAUCAUCAAUUACUGGUGCAACCACUACUUAUCACGAAACUGGAAGUCAUUUAUCGAGAUCGGAAUUGACAAGCUGUACAACCUCAACUUCCGAUGGUUCAUGAAUGGAAAAUAUAAUCUCAACCAUGAUAUUCAGGAUAUCAGCGGAAACUCCGACUCGGAAGAUGUUGAUGAUUUGACGGUGGAUUUUAUCUUGAAUCUUAUCAUUAACAAGCACUCAGAGAUUCUCAUGGCCAAAAUCCACUCUCAACUUGCUUCCAUGAUUCCCGACGAUUCGAUUUCCUUUGUCAAUCCAUAUCAGCUACUUAUUAAGCUCACUCCCAGAAAAUCAACUUUCUUGGCAAUCAAUCCUCUCACUGGAUUCUUUUAUUUCAUGGAUCCGUCUCCCUUAGAAGUCCUAACGCAGAACAGGAUCAAUAGUCAGCCCGCCCAGGUCAAGAACAAAAAUUUUGUGAGUGAGCAGGACAUGGUUAACAACGUCGUGAAAAAUUUGAUUCAAUUGAGACUUGAUACAUUCAACCUGGCGCUCAAUACAAAAUUGGUGACUUCUGAAUGGAUUGCCAAUGACUUCAUCAAAAUUAACGAUUACGAAACAGUGAAACUUUUCAACUUCAUUAUAGACGAGAAGGCUACUUCCUCCAACAAGAUUCAGUUUUAUAGAUGCCGUAACUGGCCCUCCUCGUGGUUCCUCAUCAACAUGAUAAGUGGGUUGACCUCGAAAGUCUACUGGUGGGUUGCCCGACUCAAAUCCAUUAAAGGUGAGUGGAAGAUUCAAUGGGUGCAGAAGUUGAAAUUUGGCGGGGAAGAAGACUUAGAUUAUGAGUUUUUCAACAAUCUUUCGAGGUCUUGCUCUAAUAUGAUUGUGGAUCAUAUGGUUGUGGAAGAAUUACUCGCUCGCAGAAUCAACUACGUGAAGGUUGAUGACUCCACUACAAUGGAUCGCUUCAAUUUAUCUCACGAUCUUCAAAACACCUCUGCCAACUAUGAAACUGUGAUGGCUUUACACAACACGGGCAAAUUAUUGCCGAUCUCAGUUUCAAGCACCACAUUAUUUCUUAUUGUUCGUCUCACAACAGUCGACAACGCUACAAAAUUGAUCUUAACUUUAAGCGGUUCUCUCAAGAAUAUCUCAUCAUCUGACGUGGAGACCUUCAGCAAAUUUAACGUUACGAUUCAACCCGAAAACGAUACUUUCGAAUUGCUGACGUCAGUCGACCUUUCCAACAAGAUGUCAGAAAACAGCGAUAACAGCAACCCUGUUUCGUUGUUAAAUGAGUUGUUUGAUAAUAUGGCCAAGGUGAAUCUGUUGAUCAAGAUGUUGUACCAGCUCAAGAAAACAAACAUUCUGGUGACUAAUAAUUCUGCCAAUGACAUCACUUUCGAUAUUGAUCCAUUUUACAAACCCUUCCAUUUGCGUCUUCCUGAAGGCAAAUCUGGCUUAUUAACUUUAACUUCUAGCCCAGAAGAAGAUCAGAAUGUGCAAUUAUUAGUUGCAUUUAUCAACCAGCGAAUUAGUGAGUCACAUGAAGCGCUCGUCGGCUCCAUCAAAUAUCUCAAGGAGUACGUUCCGAUAAUCAAGUCUGUGAAGAAAGUCAAGGAUAUCCUCAAGUUGAAUGAUUCGGACAGGCUCCCCAAUAAAUUGCAGCGCUUGCAGUUCGAUGUCAAAUUCCAGAACUUGAAUUUGAUGCAGUUCAUCUUCCACAUUAACUAUGUGAGCACAUCCUCUUCUAAGAAGGUGUUGAAGGAUAGAAUUGUUUUCUCCUUAACCUAUAAGAGAAAUGCUUUCGAGAAGAACCGCCGAUUGUUGGUGAAGUUCUCCAUGAAAGAAAAUUUGAAUUCUCAUAAUUUGAAGUACAAGAAGUUGUUUGAGUCUGUGUUCAAAGCCGCCGGUGAAGUUCAGCAAGAAAAACAGAAGGAAUAUAAUAAGAUUGUUUUGAUGAAGCUCAAUUACGACUUUUUGAUUGACAACGGCCUUUUGGAACCAUUGAUGGCAAAGGUUACGGAGUGCUUCUUGCAAUUUCUCAAAAAUGAAAACUAA